AUGAAGAACUUUAAAGAAUGUUUGCAUUUUAACCAGCAAUAUUUGGGAUUUAAAGCUUCCAUGGAAGCCACUGGAGGGUACAGAAGUAGAUCAUUUUCCAAAAAUUCCUCAAUACUGGCAGAUGCUAAUUUGACCAGAGUUAACCACCAUGUUACAGGGGUUCUCUCCCAUGGGCACAAGAAUGCUUUUGUGUACACAUGGACGGAUAAGUUCGGCUCGACAGCAACAUCAUCAUCUAUACUGAAGGUUCUGGAGGAUGUUGCAGAGGGGAGUUCACUACCACCAACCCUAUACCUGCAGGCUGAUAAUUCUUCGAAGGACAAUAAGAAUUUUAUUUUGAUGGGUUUUCUGGCAAAUCUGGUGCAACGGAAGAUUUUCAGGAAGGGCUUGAUGGCUGAGUCCUACCAUCCCACUCCCCAAGUGAGGCACCUGGAUGCACUCUGGCCAUUCAAGUCCACAACCUACAAGACGCUGGACGUCACUUCUCUAGCCAGUGCCUUCCAGAGGAAUCCAGAUCCCCUCGGUCCAAUCUCAAAGAAGGGGAAGAAGGCCUUUGAUGCCAUGGUGGGGACCUCAAGAAGUGAAAGAAUGGGGGGAAGUUGUGCCAAGCCGACAUUGAUUUGUGGACGAGACACCUGGAGGCUGAGCGUCACAUGCCAUACCCCACAGUCAUGCAGGCAUCCAAGUUUGGGUCAUUCCUGUCCAACACUGAAGAAAUCGAGGCACCAGCAGCACUGGAAAGUCUCCAGCAGCAUGUUUCCACCUUCUCCAGACAAUCAAAUGUCAGAGUUGUAAAACGACGAAGUCAGUGAAACACCCUGCCACAGUUCAUCAUUUUACAUAAAUUCUCCUGUCAGUUGUUCGGACUCUUUCUGCCGAAACUUAUUUGAAAUAAAAUUAAAUUUUAUCAAAAUUAUAUUAUGCCACUGUAAUUCUUAUUUCAAUUUAAUUUUGUCAUGUUAAGAAAUUAUUGAAUAUGUUUAUUAAAAAAAAAUUCCUUUUUUUUUUUUUUUUUUUUGUCUUUAUAUCAGAGAGAUGAAAAUAUUUGCAGGCACAAAAUAACUUUGUCAGGAACUAAAAUGUAAUUAGUAAACCUAGGGCUUAAAGCAUUAAAAUUGACAUGCAUUGAUAAGCUUUUAAAUGGCAUAUCUGUUAAGGCGCAAACAAAUAUUUAAAAAAAAAAAUAAUGAACAGAAACAGAACAGAAAGACUGUAACAGAUCCAAAAUGCACAAUUGAUGGCCAAUGGUUAUGAUGAAAUGAUGAAACCGAGAUAGUUUUAUUUUGAUGAGACUGAGACCAUUGGAUGGACAGUCCAUUAUAAGUCAUGAUAAGAUAUUGGUUUAGUUAAAGGUAAAGGGGGUGUUCAAACAUUCAAUUUGAAUCAUAUACAUAAGAUGCAGAUUCAAGUGUGCUGACAAGAAGUAAUUACUUAGUAAUAAAAGUAGAUAACGGUCAUGAUUUUUUGAGUGUGUUUCAAAUCAUGUCACACAAGGGCCAAUUGUUGUAUUUCAUUUUGAUUCAAUAUGUUUUCAUUCAAAAUGCGAUUUUCAUUAGCAGUUAUAUAUUUUUUUCUUCUGAUUGAAAUGAACUGU